GCUGCUCCGUCUCUAGUGAUUAGUACUCUGUGGAUGCAAACUGAUGACGCAAAAACACUGGGACCUACAGGCGUGUGUCCAGCAAGGAGAGAAGAUAUGUUGUUCAAACAGUUACACAGAUGGACAACUCAACAGCUCAUUCCUGCUCACCGAGCGCUUGGCAAAGCAUGGAUCACUUCUGUGUCUCAGCAAGCUGACACUCUCUCCAGAGAAAUCUUCAGGACCAAAGAAACCGACCCAGAUCUCCAUACGGAACAACAUGAAGGGCAGUAUUACCCCAUCUCAGCCCAGGAUGUUAAGCUGGUAUUCCCACAGAGUCUUCCCAAUCGCUACCAGCUGCAGUGUAAGACAUUCAAUGAAUCCUGCCUGAUGGUUCGCAAACCUGCGCUAGAACUUAUCAACUACCUACGGAAUGCCAACUAUUCCCAUCCAGCUCUCCGUUAUGUGUUGUAUGGGAAGAAAGGAAGCGGUAAAAGUCUGACCUUGUGCCACGUUCUGCAUUACUGCCAUAAACAGGGAUGGCUGAUACUUAAUGUUCCAGAUGCUCACAUUCUAGUAAAGAACUGUAAGGAACUUAUGACGUCUUCCUAUAACAAGGAUCGCUUUGACCAGCCCUUGGAGGCUUCUAACUGGCUGAAGAACUUUAAGGCUUCCAAUGAGCCCUUCCUGAAACAGAUUCAGACACAGCAGAGGUAUGUUUGGAGCAAACGAGAGGCUACUGAGGAAGGGAGACCUUUAGGGGAGGUGGUUGAUCAGGGACUGACCAGAGUAAAAAGUGCCAGCGACGCAGUGGGUGUGGUCUUGAAAGAGCUGAAGAGGCAGAGUGGGGGUGGUGCUUUUCGUCUCUUGGUAUCGGUGGAUGGUGUGAACGCAUUGUGGGGGAGAACCACCAUAAAGAAAGAGAAUAAGAGUAUGGUGUCUCCGGAGGAGCUAACCCUUAUCCAUAAUCUUAGAAAGAUGCUAAAGAAUGAUUGGAACGGAGGAGCAAUUAUCACGAGUGUGACACAAACGGGCUCUCUGUUCCAGCCAAAACGUGUUUAUUUGCCACAUGAGCUGCUUGGGAAGGAUGGGUUUGAAGCUUUGGAUCCUUUUGUUCCUAUUCAAGUCCCAAACUACAGUGAGAAGGAGUUUGAGAGCUGUUACCAGUACUAUAUUGAGAGGAAUUGGAUCCAGCACGAGAAAGUUCGUACAGAGGAGGGGAAGAAAGAACUUCUUUUUAUGAGUAAUUCCAGCCCUCGGGAACUGGAAAAGAUCUGUGCUUUCCUCUGAUACCUUGACCUGAACGUCCUGCAGAUCUAAUGACUUCUAUGCUUCAUCCCGUUGGCAAAACCAUUAUCAUCUGAUAUCAUCUGAGCCUGGGCAUAAGGAAUUGGAUGAUGUCCUUAUCUAUUUAGGUGUAAUGAUUUGAGGAAUGCGUGACCUAUCUGUAACAUGAACCAAUCUCAAAAGUCCAGUAAACGGGCUUUACGUUCUACAGAUACAAGAGAAACGCUGAACGCAACCAAGAAUCCAUCACCAGUCCAUCCAUCAGCAAUUAAUGGUCACUCUACCAGGGGAAACGUACAGUAAAUUUUACUAAUUUUCGUUUUAUUGGGCUAAAUAGACUAAGAAUGCAGCCAUCUCAGACCGCUCUACAGAGCCUGUCCAAUAAAGGUGAAUGAACCCCCUUUACUUAUCGUUCAUCGUUGCUGAUAUCACUCUGGCAAAGACCUUUUCAGCUUCCCGUACUGUACAGAGCACAUCUAUGUACUUAUUUAAUAGUGACUUUACAAUUAAAACGUUUUCCUAAA